GGCACUUGCAGUAGAAAGACAAGAGUUGAUGAGAAAGAAGCAGUAGACUCCUUCCUCUCUGAGAUUUAUGAGUCAAGUGUUCUUGUUUGGGUAAGGGUGUAUCACAAGGAUUGGAUGGCAUCAUCUCACUUUGGCAUAUACUUAAAGAAACCAUGAGAUUCUCGUGUUGCCUUAGUCGAAAGGUAUCAACGCCGGUUGAACCAUCACCUUACUCCAAAGCUUUCACUCUAUCCCGCAACUCGAACUCAUCUCGCUCACCAUCCAUCAUGAACCACGAGCGAUACGAAGAACGCCUAGACCUCGUCAAGAGCGUCAUCCACAGCUACGGCCUCGAACCCGUCGACAUCACCCCCAUAGACUACGAUGAAACGGCCCCCUUCGCCUACAACAACUACAUCUACAAAAUCGCCCUCUCCGCGCCCCUAACACCAUCCUCCAUCCCUCAUGACCGCCGCCGCCCGUACACCCAGCUUCCUCCCGUACAAGGCACUUCUACGGUGGUAAUGCGCAUCGCGAACCCGAGAGCAGAAGGUGUCGUCCAAGAUAACCGCGUCGAGAACGAGGUCGCGGCGAUUCACCUCGCGCGCGGGGGUCUGGGUUCGUAUAAGCCCGAGAUUGCGGGGCUCGUGCCGGCGUUGUAUGAUUGGAGACCGUAUCGUCCUUCCGAGAUCACGGAGACGGAGGCGGCGGUGGGAGAUGGAGCGGGAGGUGGCAGCAGUGGUUAUGGGUGGAGUCUGAUGGAGUUCAAGCAGGGCGUGCCGCUGGAUACCGUCUUCCGGGACAUGGAUGACGGGGAGAAGGGCGGUGUGCUGGGCCAGAUUGCGGAUCUGGUUACGGGGAUCCAGAGGGUGUCUUUGCCGGAGAGUGUGAAGUCUCACGGGGGACUGACGAUUGAUGAAGAGGGGAGGAUUGUGGGUGGUGCCAUGACGACGGUGAAGGGCGGGCCUUGGGAGCGGUAUAGCGAUUUCUGGAAGGCGAGGUUGGCAAUUCGGCUGGAGGAUGCGGAUGCGAGUCCCGCGCUAGAGGGGUGGAGGCCUAAUGGUGUGCGGGAGCGUGUUGAUCGGUUCCUGGAGUCUGGUCUGGAGAGGUAUCUUGAUGGGUCUGGUGUUGAUGUUGGGAAGUUGGCUCUCAUUCACGGGGAUCUGACUACGAACAACACCCUCUACGAUCCAACCACCAAGAAACUCACCUCCAUCCUCGACUUCGACUUCGCCUUUGUCUCCCAUCCCUGUCACGAAUUCUUCACGUCGCUAGGCGACGUCGGCGGCAACACGGGCGGCGGCACGGGGCGUGACCCGGAUCUCAGCGGGGGUCUGCUCGGUAAAGCGAUGUUGACGGGCGACUUUGACGGGAUCGGGGGGAGUCUGCCGCAGGAGGCCGCGGGACAGCUCACCACGGCACGGGCGUGGGAUAAUGCUUUGAAGGAAAGGGGCGCGGUGCGGCCCAGUGAUAUCAAGGGCAUGGCUGCGCUUGAUGGGUUGAGGAAGUUGGAGGCGCUGGCGUGUCCUUUUGCGUUGGAGCAUCCUGUCAUGUUAAAGCGGAAGACGAGGGAGGAGAUCGAGGAGAUGAGGGCGGUUGCGGAGCGGGAGCUUGUUGGGUGUCUUGAGGGGUUCGGGUAUUAGGUGAUGACCUGGAGGUUUGAGGUCUUGAGGAAUGAAUCCGUUAGAGCCGGUUCUCUUCCUCGGAGUUGAGUAAUUGAGUUUGUGGUACCCACGUUUCCUCAUGUAUACCAGGGCCAUUUUCAAAUAGGUUACCGCUGGGCUUAGAAGUCUGGGCUGGCAUCCGUGACACGGGAAAACAGCGCUGAAGUCUCGCCAUCGCUAGUGCUAUGACUUAUAUACGACC